AUGGGGUGUGGUAAUGGCACAGUAGUGACUGAGUUUGUUUUGCUGGGGUUCUCAGGUUUUGAGUCCCUCCAGGUCCCCCUGUUUUGUGGGGUGCUCUGCAUCUACCUGGUUACCUUGCUAGGCAACUCCCUGAUCAUCCUCCUCACACUGGCAGACCCUACCCUGCACUCGCUCAUGUAUUUCUUCCUUCGCCACUUCUCCAUGGUGGAGAUUCUCUACACCACAACCAUCGUGCCUCGGAUGCUGGUCGAUCUCCUCUCCUCCUGCCCUACCAUCCCACCUGCCAGCUGCUUCACCCAGCUGUAUUUCUUUGCCCUCUUUGGCAUCGCUGAAUGCUGCUUGCUCACAGUCAUGGCCUAUGACCGCUAUGCUGCCAUCUGCUGGCCCCUGCAUUACACCACCCUGAUGAACCGGGGAGCCUGUGUGAGUAUGGUGGGGACCUCCUAACUCAUGAGCAUCAACACUGGCACCACUCACUCCAUCUGCAUCUUCACCCUGCCCUUCUAUGGCGCCAACACCAUCCACCACUUCCUGUGUGACAUACUGCCUGUGCUGAGACUGGCGAGUGCAAGCACCUUCUGGGGUGAAGUGGGGAAUCUUGCUGUCACAAUAGCCUUUAUAGUGACCCCUUUCUUACUGAUCAUGGCCUCCUAUGCCUGUAUCCUUAUCACAACAUCCCAAGGACGUCAAAAGAUCUUCCCUACCUGUUCCUCCCACCUGUUUGUGGUCAUGCUUUUCUUUGGGACAGGGACUGUUACCUAUAGAAGGCCUUGGUCUGAUGCCUCUCAGGACAUGGAGCAGAUCCUUGCCUUCUUCUACACAGUGGUCACUCCCAUGUUCAACCCUUUUGUCCACACUCUGAGGAACAAGGAGGUGACAGGGGCCAUGAGGCGGCUGGUGAAGAGACAUCUUUGGAGUCUGUGA